GGGAAGAAGUGUCUGGCUGUGUACCAGCCGGAGGCGCCCGUGAACCUCACCCUCGCCGGCUGCGUCAGCACACGCGCCUACAGGCCCAAGUACUGUGGGGUCUGCACGGACAGUAGGUGCUGCAUCCCCUACAAGUCCAAGACCAUUGACGUCUCCUUCCAGUGCCCCGACGGGCCCGGCUUCUCCCGCCGGGUCCUGUGGAUCAACGCCUGCUUCUGCAACCUCAGCUGCAGAAACCCCAACGACAUCUUUGCUGACCUGGACCUCUACCCCGACUUCUCAGAAAUCGCCAAUUAGGCGGGCACCACACGCAGGGCUCGGGCCUGGCCCAACGCGUGCCAAGCAGCCAGCCCUCGGCGGCCCACGGCUGGGCCCUCCCUAGUCCACUUCCCGUUCAUUUCCGGUGACCCUGACCCAGACCCUUGGCCCCUUCCCUGUCUCCGACCACCCCGUGGCCCACUAGGCUGCUGCUCCGGCCCCGGCUGUGGGUCCCGUCCUUGGCAGGGUCCUGCGUGCCCUCCACAGAAAGUGCCUUCUCCAUCUGGUCUGGGCCACCCCGGCCUGUGUGAGUCACUGUGUGUCCUGAGUCCCAUGGAGCGACUCGGCUGGACCUCUGAUCUCGCUAGUCCCCCCUUGAGAUGCCAAACGUGAGACUCCUUGGGUCCACGCAACAGGAGCGAUGGGAUUGAGGACAACGGAUCAGUCUACUGCUCGGGCCCUGCCGAGGGGCCCUGUAAUAAUAGUUCUGACCACAGCACCCCAAAGUAGCUCUGAUCCCAAAGAUUUACGUACCCCGAAGUCACCAGACAUCUGCCACGGGAGGCCCAUGGUUCCUGGGCUUGGAUUUUUCACGGAGAAUUGUGUCCAUGAAUCCGGGCCUUGCUGAAGCUAAGUUCCUCCUCACUCCUGCGCUGUGAGGGGUACACGUUGGGGUCAUUUCCUUAGAAAUGCCAUUUGGUCAAUUUCAUUCUUGUUCCUGGGGAAAGUCCCCAGUCAGGACUCCAAGGGCAGAGCAAGGUCAGCCCAUUUUCCAAAGGAGCGACGGACGCAGCACGCACCCGCUGCUGACCACCAGGACGUUCACAGGGGAUGGGCCAGGCUCUUCCCCAAAGCUAGACCCCCACCGGCCUGGGGGCUGAGGGGAGGUGGGGGAGCCCCUGGAUGGCCUCGCUCACCCCUGAGAGUAGUGUUCUGGGACAUUCUUCUGCACUUAGGGACCUCAACUGACGUCCAGGCCAGACCCUCCUGCAGUGGCCGAGGUCCAGGCCGGGAGUGGGUCAGGCCAGGGGGUGGGUCCAGCCUGCAUCAGCCUGGGUGGCAAAGGCCACCGGGCCCAGGACACCCCGUCUCUUUCUGCCUCAGUGACCCAUGUCACAGACUUCGGGUCUGCCGACCCACACGACCCGGUUCUGACCCACAAGGCUGAGGUUUACCAGUUGGUUAGAAACAGAAACCUACUUCACAGGGAUCGAGAGCCAAUGGGGUUGCAGCUAAUAGCACGACAAGGCUGUCCCCGUGGCAAGGAGGCCAGUAUUCACUUUGUUGGUG